GUAUUCCGCUCAGUAUCCCCCGAGCUCCCGCGAGCGUACUAGCCUGUGAUAAAUACUAGUCAGUUACAAGUGCCACAGCCGCUGCUGCAAUAAUGUCAAGUAAUACACUAGUGACCUGAGCACCCGAUAUUUUCACCCCCAAAACUGUAACGCUAAUCCCGCUUGUGUGAAUUGGAUUACCAGUGUUUGUAAUUUUUUGAUGUACCAAUAAUAAGGCUAUACGUAAAGCAGCGAAAAAGCCAAAAUGGAGCAGUUUGAAUCGCUGUUGACGUGCUGCGUUUGCCUCGACCGGUACAGGAACCCAAAACUGCUGCCAUGUCAGCACAGUUUUUGUAUGGAACCUUGCAUGGACGGGCUUGUCGACUACGUCAGACGACAGGUCAAAUGUCCAGAAUGCCGUGCAGAACACCGAAUCCCGUACCAAGGAGUACAAGGGUUCCCAACAAAUGUAACUCUUCAACGGUUCCUGGAACUGCACGCUCAAAUAGCAGGGGAACUUCCAGAUCCCACUGCUGGACAGGUCAUGGAAAGAUGCAACGUUUGCUCCGAAAAGGCUUACUGCGCACCAUGUGCUCAUUGCGACAAGAAAGUCUGCGAAGACUGCAAGUCUGCACACAUGGAAGUACUUCGUCGGGAAAUUUCAAGGAUCAACAAUCAAAUUCGACGCGGUGUUAAUAGGCUUCAAGAUAUUUUAGCAAUAGUUGAACGCAACACGACGAAUCUUCAAACAAACUGCGGAGCAGUUGGUGGAGAAAUAGAUGAAAUUCACAAAAGACUUUCAAAGGCAUUGAAAGAUAGAACCGACUUCCUAAGGAACGAGGUCGACCGUUACUUAGCAACUGAACUGAGAAACCUCACUCAUCUUAAAGAUAACUUAGAGUUAGAAUUAAGUAAUAUACAAAGUAAUUGUGAUCUCGCCGAUAAAUACAUGAACGAUGACGUUGAAUGGGAGGACACUGAGUUAGUGGACACCAAAGAGAUCUUCCUCAAGACAGUUGAAUUUCUCAGAAACUUCGAUUAUGAAGCUGGUGAUUACAAUCGUAGAAUACGAUUUAUUAUGACUCAUGAUCCUAACCAGUUAGUGAUGCAUGUUGCAAGCUAUGGUGAACUGAACAUCACUCAACCAAAUGCUUAUUCUGGUGGAAUGCAACAGAGUCAAGGACUAACGAGGUCAAAGAGUGAUCAUCGCUUGGCGACUCAAUUCCGCCAGCAAGAAGAAAACAAAGGUUACACAGAAAAUGAUGAACCUAUUUUGGGAGGUAGGAAGUUUGGUGAACGAAGACCACCUCCUCCAGAAAAGCACACAAGAGAUACAUAUGGUACAACUGACGAUUACAGUGGUUAUGAGUCUGAGCAUAGACCAUCCCGCAGAUUCCGUUCCCGAUUUGUUAGGAGUCACCAACAAGACAACGACUCGGACACGGAAUCUAGUACCCGCGCGGCUGCUGUCAAAGCCGAACAGCUUCAAAAAGAAAAAGAGAAGGUCACUGACACUGAAGACGCAACUCGCGGUCCACUCAGCGGUAUAUUUAGACUCAGUGACUGUCCUCGAGUCAUGCAAAGGAUUAUGGAUGUAGACAGUGGAAAAAAGAAGGAAAAAAAGGAGCCACCGCCUCCACCGAAACCGGUUCAACCAGCACCGCAAGUACGUCGACCGCCAGCACCAGCGCGUCAGCAAAGUGAGGACGAUGAAAUCUCACGACUCAAAAGACAAAACAAAGGUGCUGCAUCAUCGCAGGAGCCUGACAGAGCUCCUCAACGCGCCGCAGAAGAAGAGAGGAACUCUAUAACUCGUAAACCACCGACACCAGCUCGGGAGGCGUCCAGCGACGGUGAAUCCGAUGAAUCUGUUGGAUCUUUGCAACGUACGCAGCAACGUAAGGCUGCAGCGCCAGUUCCAAAACCAACCGUAACAGCUAGACGGCCCUCAGCUACUGAGACUCCGGCACCUCAUCGCCCGGCCGCCCGUGCUCCUAGCACCGAAUCAAGCGCGUCUACAGAAAGCUCCGGCUCGGCGGUUAAACACACAGGCAACGAGAGAACAACACCCGUGACAACGAACGGAACAGCCGGCGGGGCACAGCGCGUUCAAAGCCGUUUUGUUGGGUCCCAGCGGCCUACACCCGCCCCGGCGCCCGCCGAGCCGGCUCACGAAGACUCAGACACCAGCUCUGAAGAAGAAACUGACUCGUCGGAGGAGAGUGAAGAGGAGCCUGCAACGCAAAGAAAGCCCGAGAGCCAGGCGAUAGCUCGCAGCGAUAUAGGUCCGCUCUUAGCUCGCAGCACUAACGCCCGUAACGACGCCCACGAAACCAAACCAACCAAAGAAACUCCUACUCAGUCACGAUACCGUACCCGACAAAGUUCACAGACCGAGGAAGAACCCCCGUCCCGCUACAGCACUAGCUCCUCGUACGGUAACCGUUACGGUAGUAAGCCGAAAGAAGAACUCGAACCACAGUCCUCGUUGGACGAUGAAUCUAAGUAUCCGACUGCUCGGUCUAGGUACCUCGCCUUGAAAGAACGUCGUAACCGUCUCGCCAGAAGCAAGAGCAGCCACACCGGCUUCGGUGUGGGAGAUGAUGACGAUCAAGACGAUCCCGUAUCUCCGACGACAGCGUCGCCCUCUGCGUACCUCGCGGCUCGAUACGGCUCCGGCACUGGUGGUUCGGAGUUGUCUCGCAGCCGGUCCUCGCACGCUUUGAAGUCUAGAGAGAACUCGCCCGAGCGGACGGUCACGGGUGAGAAAGACGGCGCAGCCUUGAGCUCCUGGGCGAGGUAUUUGAAAAACAAGUACGGAUCGCGGGGCAAAGACCGCGACACGUCGAGCGGAACGUCGAGCACGUCCCGUCGCCUGUCUCUCGGGCUGCCAUUACGUUCGGCUAACGAGCUUGCCAGUUCUGAUGACGAUUCAAAAAACGCGGCAGGCUCCCCCAUCUCCCCUACGGCGGCUACAGCAGCGGUAGCAGGUUUCGCAGCAGCAGGUUCCUCCCCUAGGAGCCAGUAUCUGCAGAAACGCCGUUUACAAUUCAGCGUGGGGAGCCGGGGGAGCGAACCCGGUUGUUUUACUUGGCCUCGUGGCAUCGCUGUUGGCCCCGACAAUACUAUGGUCGUGGCUGAUUCUUCAAACCAUCGAGUGCAGGUGUUCGACUCAAACGGCAUCUUCGUGAAGGAGUUCGGACAGUACGGCAGCGGCGAGGGAGAGUUCGACUGCCUCGCAGGCGUCGCCGUCAACCGCAUUGGGCAGUACAUCAUCGCGGACAGAUACAAUCAUCGCAUCCAGGUCUUCGACCCUCAAGGCCGUUUCCUCCGAGCAUUCGGCAGCCAGGGCACUGGAGACGGCAAGUUCAACUACCCGUGGGGCAUCACCACGGACGCGCUGGGCUUCAUCUACGUGUGUGACAAGGAAAACCAUAGAGUUCAGGUGUUCCAAUCAGACGGCACAUUCGUGGGCAAGUUCGGCAGCUUCGGCUCGAAACUGGGCCAGCUUGAACACCCCCACUACAUCGCCGUCUCCAGCACCAAUAGAGUCCUGGUGUCGGACUCCAACAACCACAGGAUCCAGGUGUUCGAUGUCAACGGCCGCGUGCUCUCGUCGUUUGGGGAGGAAGGCUCUGAGGAUGGACAGUUCAAGUUCCCGAGGGGUGUAGCCGUUGACGACCAAGGCUACAUCGUGGUGGCUGACUCCGGCAACAAUCGCAUCCAGAUCUUCCACCCUGAUGGCACGUUCCUGAGAGCCUUCGGUUCUUGGGGCUCCAGUGAUGGGGAGUUCAAGGGUCUGGAGGGCAUCGCCGUCAUGUCUGGAGGCAACAUCAUAGUUUGCGAUAGAGAGAAUCAUAGGGUGCAGGUGUUCUAAAGGUGGACAUCAACGAAUCGCGAUGAGAGAUCUGUAUUAGAUACAUAAUUACUCUUUAUUAAUUAUGUUUGAUUUAACUUUAUGUAAAUAAGAGCGUUGAAAUCAAUUUAUUGACAUUGCAAUUUGCAUUACAUUUUUUAUGUUAUACUGUGAGCUUCACUUUUUGAAUAAAAUUGUUUUGUCCA